CACCGUACGCCCGCCCUGGCACCGUGGUUCCACGCCUUGGAUCCACCACCACCUCCUCCUCUCCCCAUAACUGCGUCGUCUGCCCCCGCCGUACACCUCCACCGCGCCCCCGUCUCCGGCGUCGGGAGCGAGACCCCCACGGCGGCAGUGAGGUCCGGGAGCGAGACCCCCACGGCGUCCUUGUCCCUGUCUGCGUCCCCGUCCCCAUCCGCGCCCGGGACGCCCACGGCCGCGGUCGCGUCUCCGGCGCCGGUUGCGGGGCCCAGGCUGGCGACGGGGUUUACGGAGAAAUCGCCACUUCACCUCGCCGCCUCCCCCACCGCGCGUCCGCAAGAGCCAAGAGUGGGCGUCUAGAUUCCUACACCAUGCCCCCGCUCGCGCAAUCCUCGCUCCCACGGAACCCUAACCAAGAAUCCGACUCCGCGCUAGACGAAUCGGACGGAAGGAAGACGAGAAGGCCCCGAGACGAGCGGGGGAACAAAGAAGAAGAUGAAGGUCCGUGCGGCGGUGAAGCGCCUGUGCCGGUUCUGCAAGGUGGUGAAGCGUCGGGGAAUCGUCUUCAUCAAAUGCACGACCAACGCCAAGCACAAGCAGCGCCAGGGCUUCUCCACCAUCGCCGAAGCAGCCGCUGUCUCGUGCGUUCACCUGCCUCCGCCGCCGCCCGCUAGCUGUUCCGCCUCCGCCGCAACUUUCGCAGAGGGUUCUCGACACUGAGGAAUUAGCCAUUGUAAACAGCACCUUUCGUAAGGCCCAAGGUUCCAGGCUAUCUGGAAUCAUUGAGGAAACGAGGAGAUCAGGGGAGUCAACAACCUCAACUCUGGAAAGUGAAACCUGGGCGAUGGAAAGCCUUGAGACUGAACUAUUUGAUAAUGUCUGUGCUUCGAUCCAGAAAUCUCUUGGCAAACCUGAUAAACUUUUAGGUCGGCCCGUUGCUGCCUCAACCCCCUAAAGGCCACAGCAAAUGCACCUCGUGUUGCAGCAUUAGCAGAUGAAGAGGCGGAAUAUUCUUCUUGGGAUAGUGACGACGAGUACCAGAAAUUCAUCCAAAACAUCAAUCGAUUCCUGACUUAACCUCCAAGAUUGCGAGGCUUGGGCUGAGAAGUUAAUUUAGCUGCUCUUUUUUUACGUGAUGGCCCGGUUCAGAGACAGUAAUGGAGGAGGCCUCGCUCGGGACGAUGGCGGAGCCACUGCUGGUGAGAGCAAUCAGAGGGAAAAAGGUCGAGAGGGCACCAAUCUGGCUCCUGAGGCAAGCCGGGAGGUACAUGAAGAUGGCAAGGACACAGAAGAACAAAGCCACUGCUCACCAUCUUGGUCUUCUGAAGCAAAAAGGGGUCAACAUUUUGAAGCAAGAAGGGGUCAAAUUUGGGAGCUUUGACAUCCUUACAGAUAAUGAUGUUCGUGAAGGUAUGAAGAAGUUCUCCAACUGGCCCACUGUUCCUCAACUCUACUGCAAAGGCGAGCUUCUUGGUGGAUGUGAUAUUGUUAUUGCUAUGCAUGACAGUGGUGAAUUGAAGGAUGUUUUUGAGGAGCACAAUAUUCCCCUCAAACCACAGGGUAGCAAAAAUGAAGAAGCAGGUCAGCCCGAGUCUGCAACUGAGAAGGGUGGUGCAGUUGCUGAACCAAUCGGGCUUACUGAUGCUCAGAAAGCUCGUUUGGAAAGCCUUAUUAAUUCCAGCCCAGUGAUGGUAUUCAUCAAAGGUACACCAGAGGAACCAAGGUGUGGGUUCAGUGGGAAGUUGGUCCACAUACUUAAGCAAGAGAAUAUUCCUUUCUCAAGUUUUGACAUCCUUUCAGAUGAUGAGGUUAGACAGGGGCUGAAAGUGCUCUCAAACUGGCCCAGUUACCCUCAACUGUACAUAAAAGGUGAGCUGGUUGGCGGCUCAGACAUAGUGAUGGAGAUGCACAAGAGUGGUGAGCUGAAGAAGGUUCUGUCUGAGAAAGGGGUUAUUCCAAAGGAAAGCCUGGAGGACAGAUUGAAGUCCCUGGUUUCCUCUGCACCGGUGAUGCUUUUAAUGAAGGGCACUCCAGAUGCUCCUCGUUGCGGCUUCAGUUCGAAGGUUGUGAACGCCUUGAAGAAGGAAGGGGUUAGCUUUGGGUCCUUCGACAUCUUAUCUGACGAGGAAGUUAGGCAAGGUUUGAAGACGUACUCCAACUGGCCUACCUUCCCCCAGCUCUACUACAAAUCGGAGCUGAUUGGGGGAUGUGAUAUCGUUCUUGAGAUGGAGAAGAGCGGAGACCUGAAGUCGACCCUGUCAGAGUAGACACCUAGCUAGCAUUCUUGCUUCGCUGGCAUUUUUACCAUAUUGCCUGCAUUGGAUCACUCUACUCUGGUAUUCGUAGAUCCACGUUGGUACUUGUCUGCAGUACCACAUUGCUAGAAUUGUGACACAUCUGCAGAAGGAAUAACUCACGCUUGUUCGGUACUGAUUGCAUUGUUCUUAUAUCACCAGUUCUAUUGAACGGAUGGAAGCUUUUUUGUUCGGGUAUUGUCACGAUCUAUAGACGGAUGAAGUAAAAUAUUUCUAGAGUAUGUGUGUUCGUGUAAUUGUGUAUUUAAGUCAUGCCAUUGUUCUUGGGAAGGCACAUGUGAAAAAAUUGACUUUCACGA